AUGGUAGUUUAUAUAGAGCGCCUUUCCGGAGGGGUGUUCCAGAAUUGCAGCAGCGUAGAUGAUCUCAAGAUUGAAGUGCCCGACGCGUCUGGAGAGUGUGCGAGUAGACGGUGGGCUUCGCCGCAGGUUGUCAAAGGGAAUAAGAUUGCGUUGAACUCCGGGCAUCACAACCGACGAGUGGCGGGUAGCGACAGAAGCCAAAGUGCCAUAACGAGCCAGCGGAACGAUCGAGAAACAACAACACUACGUCUGUACGUUAUCCGUUUUCCGACAGACAAGGGCAACAACAAAUCCGUCCUGCUCCCUGCCAAAGAGAAGAAACGUCCUGCCCAACUGGCCGGCGGCGAGCAUCGCGCUGCUACAGCGGUCGUAGAACACGACGUACUCACAUAUACAAUCAAAAAUUACCCGCUCAGGAUCAUCUUAGCAUGUGAACAUAUUUUUCCUGUCCGUAUCUACCACAAUACGCGCAAUCCAUGUCAUCCCAUAGCAUACCUCUCAGCGGCGCAGUGGUGUCGCACCGCCGCGUCAAUAUCAAAUACCACCGUGCAGAGCCAUCCUCGUGCAAUAAGCUUGAAGGAUUAA